AUGAGCCGCUACGGAGCCCUCGGCGCAACAUUCCUCAUCUCACGCCUCUUCCAAACUAGCUCCCUAAUCGCCAUAAUCGGCAUGACAGCCAAAUUCAUCUCAGUCAUCGUCUCAUCAAACGCCACGCCACCAAACAUAGUCAUUGGCACAAUCAGCGUGACCUGCAUCGCCGCCAUAUACUGCAUAAUCAGCACAAUCCUUUUUAAAGACGACAUCCUGCCCUUCCUACCGUGCGCAGUACUCGACCUGCUCCUCCUCAUCGCGCUGAUCGUCGUAGCCGUGAUAAUCGGCAAGCCACUUUCGUACCUGAAAUGCGAGACGCUGGCGGAGCUCGGCGACAAAGAUGCCACGGCGUAUGCGUUCGCGAGCCGGUUGUCGGGGUAUUUGGCUAGUCUGAGUGGGAAGGUGGAUUAUGUUUCUUGGAUUGGGGCUAGCAAGGCUAUUUGUCUUGAGAUGAAGGCUAUUUGGGGGCUGAGCAUUGCUCUUUGUAUCUUGUUUUUCUUUUCGACUAUUUGUUCGGUGUGUUUGUGGCAGCAGAAGAAGAAGGUUCUUGCUGAGAAGGCUGUUGAGUAA